GAUCACGCGACGGACCACAGAGAUUGCCUUGUCUCUGUACCUGUUACGUACGUGUCGCGUCGGUUGGGCGCGCGACGAACUCAUCGCGCCAGCAGCUACGAGCACAGUGCCGCCGCCGCGUUAAUGCCGCGAAAGCGCUCACGAUAGAUUCUCCAGUCACGACACCGCCUACACCCAUCUCUAUCUAGUUCGCUCGCUCACUCUCGCUAGCUGCGCCGAGCAAGUGCCCCCCUCCUUAGGUUUCCUCGUCAGCAGAAAGGCUCCUGCGCAACAGCGACACUCGCUCGUGAGCCCCAAGGAUGGGUCGGCAGCGGCUCUGCGGCGCCGUUUGCUCAAUGCUGCUCUUGUUGGCGCUGGUGGCGCUCGCUGCUUCGCAGUCGCCGUCCCCGAGGCCGUCGCCGGCUCCGAGGCUGUCGCUGCCUCCGACGGCGCCGGCCGCGAAGCCGUCGUCCCCACCGCCCUCGGCGCCAGCUCCGAGGCUGUCUCGACCUCCAACGGCACCGGCCCCGAAGCCGUCGUCGCCACCGCCUGCGGCGCCAGCUCGGAAACCGUCUCCGUCUCCGAGACCGGCUCCAAUGCUGUCUCCGCCCCGCUCAGCGCCGACGCCAAGACCGUCGCCUCCACCUGGCUCGCAGGCUCCACCCGUGCCCAGGUCGGCUCCAAAACCGUCCCCGUCCGCGGCUCCGACGCCAAGACCGUCACCUACACCGGCUCCACCUGCGCUGCCGCCGGCUCCAAAACCAUCCCCGUCCGUGGCUCCAAAACCUUCCCCGACCCCGGCUCCGAAACCGUCUCCGUCACCGGCUUCGCUGCCACCUGCUCCGCCGCAGCCUCCGUCCAGCUCCACUCCCUCGACAUCGUCCUCAUUGGGCCAGCUCUCGCCCAGCUUCUACGCGCUGUCCUGCCCGGGCGUGGAGCUGGCGGUGAGGGAUGUCGUCAGGUCGGCCUCCACCCUGGACCCCACCAUCCCCGGCAAGCUUCUCAGGCUGGUCUUCCAUGACUGCUUUGUGGAGGGAUGCGAUGCAUCAGUGCUGAUACAAGGUAAUGGCACGGAGAGGACCGAUCCUGCAAAUCUCUCUCUUGGCGGGUUCAAUGUUAUCGAUGCAGCCAAGAGAUUGCUUGAAGUCGUGUGCCCUGCAACUGUUUCUUGCAGUGACAUUAUCGUCCUUGCUGCAAGAGACGCCGUUGUAUUUACCGGAGGACCAUCGGUGACUGUCACCCUGGGAAGACGAGAUGGCCUGGUCUCACAAGCAUCCAACGUCAGAGCAAACAUCAUCGACACAGGCUUCUCCGUCGACGCCAUGGCGGCAAGCUUCGCCGCCAAGGGGCUCACCCUGGACGACCUCGUCACUCUCUCAGGCGGCCACACCAUCGGCUCGGCGCACUGCAACACGUUCGGCGAGCGGUUCCGGGUGGCGAACGGGAGCAUGACGCCCGUGGACGGGUCGAUGAACACCGACUACGCGAACGAGCUGAUCCGGGCGUGCUCGGUGAACGGCACCGUGUCGGCGGGCACGGCGGUGGACUGCGACUCCGGGUCGGCGUCGACGUUCGACAACCGGUACUUCGGCAACCUGCUGGACGGGCGGGGCCUGCUGCGCACGGACGCCGUGCUGAUGCAGAACGCGACCACCAGGGCCAGGGUAGCCGACUUCGCGCAGAGCCAGGACAGCUUCUUCGCUAGCUGGGCCGACUCGUUCGCCAGGCUCACCAGCCUCGGCAUCAAGACCGGCGCCGACGGCGAGAUCCGGAGGUCCUGCUCCAGCGUCAACGGCUGAAGAAGUGUGUGCAUCGAUAGCUGGCGGGAUGUAACAAUACAUGUGUAAGCGAGAGAUGAGAAUGAGAUUCGAUUUGUUGGUUGAUGUAGCUGAUGCAUGUUCUUGAGUUCUUCAUGCCCCGGCGAUGCGUCGGCUAGGUGUUCUUGUGUAGCUGGGCAUCACCGUUUACUGAAAAAAGGAGAGAGGAAAUUAUAAAACUUAUGUUGCU